UUUCUUUUUUUAAUAUAUAUAAAAUUUGAGUCUCUUAUUUAAAGCUUUGAAAGAUAUUAAUACCUUUGUGCCGGUCUCUAUGGUUGACACUAACAAGCAAUUGUUUUCACCUUCUUCUAGCUAAGAUACGAAUCCUAAGCAACCAUGGCUAAAGGCGCGAUAUCAGGAAGAAGGAACAAUUUGGGCUCUUCAAUCCAUUCCCGAGCAGCAAGGCGCGCAACUUCUCCCAGCAUCAACACAGAUAAGUCUCUAAAGGGAAUCCAACCUCCUGCAGAAUCGGUCCACAGCCGACCUUCUGUGCUGUCGAUACACAAUGGAGCUGGUGUGUGCAAGAAGGCAAAGAAAAGCAAAAGCCUAAGCUUUAAAGCUCGGAGACGGCACGAGAAGGAACAAGACCGUGCUAUUAUAGUAAUGGAGAGGAUGGAGCGGAAGAUUGCAAAGAGCAGGGGACAGGCACAGACGGCCCAAGCGAGAAGGAGGGCCUGGGAUGAGAUCAACGAUCACAUACCAGCCGAGAAGCGGACACAUCGGGAGAUAGCAAGGAGCAGGGACAACAAGGAAGUUUCUGAAGCAAAGGAGGAAAUGGAUUCCUUGCAGGUUCUCGGCGACGCCACGAUCGUAUCAGCAAGGCAUACAAACCAAGAGCUAAAGGAAACGAGAGGAGAGGGAGAACAGAACAGUAUGAAAGUCUGAAGUUUCGUAAUUAAAUUAAUCUACCUAUAACCUCCGGGGCGUAUACGGAAAUAGAACAGCUGUCGUUUUUUUAUUAUAGUAAUAUAGUAGGAUUAUAAUAAAAUAUUAAAC